UUGGAAUUGUGAGAUUUCAUUCAUUACAAAACCUUAUCCUUAAAAUCUCUCCUCAAUUAUCACUCCCAUGAUGUCUCACCCUUAAAAUAAAAUCCUAAUUUACUCCUUUUUCCGUGUUCCUAUUUUCCUACUCAAAACAUGUUUCACUCCCCACCCUACUACUUACAAUCUUGAGCCAUUUUUCCCUCAGGCACAGCAUAAUGGUUGCAACUGCUGCCACAUUCUUCAAUUCACAGUUUCUUCACACGCAUGGUAGGAUUAAUAUAUGGAGACUCGACAGGAAUAACUAUUUCAGUGAAAAUGUGAAGUUUGAGUUCCCUAUUCACAGAUCAGAAUUUCAUCAUCAGGUUCAUUUGCCACACCUUGCACCUAUAUGUGCAACUUUUAAGGGGCCCAAGGGGUUUGGACCCUCUUCCCAAAAGAAAAAGAAGAAGAGCAAGAAGAUAAAAAGGGAGUAUGUAGAAGAUGGAGAUGAAGAUGAUGAUGAAGAGGAAGAACCAGACAGGGGAGUUAUUCCUGAGAUAGUGACCAAUAGGAUGAUGAACAGGAUGGCAGUCUCAGUUGGGAUUCCGCUAGGUGAAAUUCCCCCCAAAGGGUCCAAAUUUCAAGAGGGGCUCCAUAGUGUCACUCCAACUGAAGAUUGUCUGAGUCUUUUUAGUAUUGUUCUCUGUUGAGUAUUAAAAAUAUACUGAUAUUAGUGUAUAAAAAUUCUUUUAUUAUAUUUUAAAAUAUCAAAAUCAAUGUCAAUCAAUGUAUCUGAAGACACAGCAGAAAAACAAUACAAAAAACCAGUGGAGAAUCUAAGUUCUAUCACUCCUUGCAAGAUCUGUCAGUCUACAUUGCCACAACUAAAGUCGUGCCUUAUUCUAUCAGUUACAAGAUAUGAUGCGCAAUUUAUAUAUGAGAUUUAUACAUCAACAAGCAUAACUGAGUUGAUCAGUUGAGCUAUUACUUGGG